AUGAAGGCCACCGCACUCAUUAUCGCGCUUCUCGGCGCUGCUGAAGCAGUCUACAUCCCCAGCACCGGAACCACCUCGCUGAGGGAGGAGGCGGCUAAGAAAGACAUUCUCAUCGGGUCCGGGGCGAUCAAUCCGGCCUACCUCAAUGAUCCUCAGUUCGCAGCCGUUCUUGCUCUGCAGUUCAACAGCCUCUCUCCCGAAAAUGAGGGAAAGUGGUCGUUCUUUAACCCGGCCGAAGGGUACUACAACUGGACCUCACUCGACCGCCUAGUCAACUUCGCGGAAGACAGCAAUAUGGUAGUCAAGGGACACGGGCUCAUCUCGAGCUGCUGUAACCCCGACUACGUGCUCAACAUCACCGACCCCACAGCCCUUCGUGCUGCGAUGACGGCUCACUUCGAGGCGUUCAUGCACCGGUACAACGGCAAGAGGGUGGAUCGGUGGGACGUUGUCACCGAAGCUCUCAAAACGCAGGGUGGCGGCCUGAACGCCAACAUCUUCUACAACGUACUCGGUUCCGGCUACAUCGCAGAUGCCUUCCGCAUCGCCCAGGCGGCAGGCCCGGAUGCCAAGCUGUUCAUCAACGAGAAUCUCGUCGAGUCACUCCCCUACAAGCGUCAGGAACUCUACGACCUGGUUUCCGGACUUGUGGCGGACAGCGUUCCGAUCGAUGGAGUCGCCCUGCAGAUGCACAUCACCGAAGUAGCUCCCAUACCGGGCGUGAUCACCGACAUAGUCAACUCCUACAAGGCGCUUGGGCUAGAAGUGACGAUCGCCGAAAUGGAUGUCCACACGCUCAACGCCACACUCCAAACCGAUAUCUACGGCGCCGUCAUCGAAGAGGCUCUAAAUGCAGGAAUCACUGACAUUAGUUUUUGGGGCUUUACGGAUAAACACGCCUACACCUGGCUGCCGGGCGCGAAGCCAUUGAUGUUUACCGAGCGCUACAAGCCCAAGGGUGCGUUCUACGCUACUCACACUGCCCUAACGAGCUUCAUCAACACGCCCUAG